GAUUUUUAAUCAUUUCGAAAUGAGGUGUUUGAAAUAUUUUUUUUUACAGUAAGUCAUUUCGAAAUAAGAUAGUUUUCGAAUUCAAUGGUCAGAUUUUAAAAUAGGCAUUUUUUACCAUCAGUUAAUGAAUUCGAAAUCAGGCUAUUUUCGAUUUCAAAAGUUAAAUUUCGAGAUGAGUCUUCUUAACCGAAAUCCAAUUCAAAAUGCCUAAUUUCUAUUUCGAGCUCAUUCCGAACUCAUCCAAACGGUCGGUUCCACUUCCAAACCACUUCAUCUCCUCUCCUCCUUGUCUCCUUUUCCCUUGUUCGUCGUCCUAGUUUCCAUUGACGGCGAUUUUAGGGUUUCGUCGUGGGUUUGUCGCACUCCAGAUGGCUAGAGAUAAAAGGAAAGUUGUUAUUCAAAAUGACAAUGAGGCUAGGCAUUCCCCAAGGCAAAAGCGUGCCCGACCUCUUAUGCAAAGUCGAAGUGGUGUAGUGAUUAGUGAGCCUACCAAGAGGCAUGUCACUAGUCAAGCCAAGCAUGUAGAGGCCAGGACAAAGGCUCGUUUUGAUCGUCUAGCCACUAAGAGGACUGAAGCCAAUCAUGUAGAGGCUAGGACGAAGGCCCGUUUUGAUCGCUCAACCACUAAGCCUACUACCACUCCUCCACAUCCACAGACAUCUCCUCCUACUACGAGCCCAACAUGUCCUCCAUCUUUAGGAGUUUGUGCUGAUGCCCCUAGGGUGGACCUAUCUCGUCGGGAGUUUGGUCAAGAGUUCUCUUAUGACAUACAGGCUUUUAGUACUUAUGAGCCCACUGCCCAAUCCAUGCGUCUCCUUGAUCGAUACUAUUUUCUCGCAUUGAUGGAUCCUCCCCCAUAUUUUUAUGCCGCUAGUGUACGAGAGUUUUUCUCUACCCUUGAGGAUUGGAGAGGGGGGUAUCGAGAGCUGCAUUUUUCUAUCAGGGGACGAGCUGAUAUUAUCUCCAGUGACACCAUUGCUACAGCUUUUGGUUUACCAUCAUCUGCUCCUCCUGAAGCACGCUUUGCACCUCAGUCACGACCAGCCUUUCCGAGGAUUGCACGUAUACUAGCACCUCAGGGUACUCGUUGUCGUUCAGCCAUCACUCGCCUUGAGAUGCCACAGAUCUUAUGGUUUGUAGAUCAGGUCAUUAAGACCAAUAUUUUUCCAUUUGGACACUCUACAGAGCGCUCUGGUUCAGUCUUAUGGGGGUUAUAUCACAUGUACACAGGUGAGUGGUGGAGUCCUGCUCAACUCAUCAUGGAUACCAUCAUUUAUUUUUUUCAGAAGGUGAAGGAGAAACAGUUAGCUUCAGCUCAAAGCUAUCUCAUUCCUUUGCCUCAGUUGCUCUCAUACUACUUGCUCCGUCGUGGACACCAGUUACCCGAGUCUGAUCGUCGUAUGGCUUCUCACACUUAUGUUAUUGAUCAGUGGGUUCGGGUGAUUCAUUCCGGGUCACAACUGACUACCCAUGGCACUAGACGAAAGAGAGAUUUGCACGUUGUUCCACUCCCACCUACUAUAGAGAGCCCGCUCCCGUCUGCGCCUACUUUUGAUACGAGCUUACCAGUGCUUCCUAUUUCUCUUCCACCACCUCUUUCGGGUGCCCCCGAGCAUACUGUUCCUAUUUCUACACCAGCAGUACCAGUCUCUGAUCUUCCUAGACCUUCACAGCCUCAGGUUGUUGAUGCUACCUCGAGUACCUUAUCGAUCAUGGCUCGUCUAGACACACUUCAGGAGUUAUUUGUGUCUAUGGAUUCCCGCAUUGAUGCUCGCCUAAGUAAGCUGGAGACUCGGAUGGAUGACCUCACUUUUUCUGUACAGCAGCUCACUUCCUUGGUUAUUCCAUCUAGACAGAGAGGAGAUUUUGUUACACCAGCUGAUACUAGCCUAGAGGUUGAUGGCGGCACAGAGGUGAUUGGUUCUGGCUCUAACACUAGAGCACCGACAGUAGCCCAUGAGACCAUGCCUAUUUUACAGACAUCAGGUGUUGCAGGACAGGUUGAUGGUGAGAUCUUCAUUCGUGCGACUGACACUGGUAUGGACAUCAUUAUUCGGGAUGACCCCCCUAUGGCACGGGAUCUUGGCAAGGCCAUUACACCUAUCGUGGAGAUUAUUGAUCAGGUUACUACACCUAUGCUAGAGGAGAUAGCUGAUGUUGUCACUCCUAUCAUUGGCGCCUGAUGAUCAUUUCUAUAUCUACCUUAUUCGAUAUGGUUGUAUACACUAUGGUAUUUUUGGAGCAUGUUGAUACUCUUAUACUCUCUUUUAGAUUCUCACCACUUAUGUUUCUCUAUGCAUACUUUUGCUACUCAUCUUGUUGCUUUUGUGCAAGACUAGUUUAUAUGAAGUCCUCAUAACAAACUUCUCAUUCGAUGAUAUUAAGGUAAUAUCUUCCUUUUUCCUUUCUUUUGACCUAUUAUUCUACACAUUGGGGACAAUGUGUAAUUUAGGUUGAGGGGGGAAGGCUUAUUAGCCUAUUAGCCCUAAUUUUUUUCAAAAGUUUGCAUGUCAUCUUUGGUUAGCUAAUGAGAUUCUUGAUUUGCCUUGGUAACUCAUGGUUUAUUUGGCAUGAGAAUGCUUUAAGUAGUAUUAUUUCUUUAGAAUUUGAGAAAAAAAUGCAGUUAGAGCAAGAGUAUUAGUUCACUUACCUUAUCUUUAUAUACCUUUAAGUGCAAAAAUAGUUAGGUUGAAUUCUUGGAAUACCUUCAAUUUUUCUUUGAUGGUUAUUUUCUAUUUAAGACUCAAAGCACACACAAAGCACGUGUACCCUUAUGGUAUCUUGAUUAAGAUAAUUUCUUUAGCUUAAAAAGAGUUGUUCUUAAGCAAUAAAAUGAGGAAAUGAAAAAAAAAAAAAAAAAAAAAAAUUGAAAAUGACUGAUUUAAGCUUGAGCAAUUAUCUGAGGGGGUAAUGGCCUUGUGUCUUCAAGCCCUGGUGCCCAAAACCAACUGGUUAGGAGUCAUCGGUAUCUUGCUCGCUACAUAAGCUAAACUCAGUUUACAAAAAAAAAAAAAAAAAAAAAAGAUAAAUGAAAAAUGAAAAAAAAAAAAAAAUGUUUGGGAAAUUCGACCUUGUUCUACCUUGAGCUGGGGUGAUACCUGAGGGGUAAGUGGCCUAUAAAGGUCCUCAAUACCUGGUACCUUGGGUGAAAACUCGGGAGUUGCCGGUGGAUCCCUAUUAAGCCAUAUAGAAGGAGAUUUCCUAAACUAAGAAAGAAAAAUCAAAAUAAAUUUUCCUCCUCUUUAACUUCAAGAAUGAUGAAAUUUGAGUUUAAGAAAAAGUCUUAAGAAAAAUACUAUGAGGGGACACCAAAAUUAAGCACAUGAGGUUUAGGUGGAAAGAACCAAUCAAGGGAAAAUCAAGAGACACUAAGAGGAAUGCUAAACAUGGAUGCACAUUUAUGUAUACGAAGAUAAGGUGAGAAAACUAAGAAAUUGCAUAUCUUGUGUCAUCUUGCUCAAUUCUAGGAAAUUUGUCGACUCGGGUAUCUUGUGUGUGAAACAUGUUAUGUUGAGUUAAUAUGAUUUCAUGAAUCUCAUUACAUAUUUUUCAUUCUUCUUUAUUCUUUUCAUUUGCUAGGGACUAGCAAAGUUUAGGUUGAGGGGGAUGAUUGGAGCCAAAAUAUGUGCUCUAAUGGCACAUAUUCGAUAUGAUUUGUGCACCAAAGGACAUUCAAAUCACCCAACUUGACCUAAAUCAAUGCUAAGGCCCUAGCCAUGGGUUUAAUCUAUACUUUGGAGAUUUAUCUCAGGUUCAAGGGAAGAAAAUUGUGCAAAUUGAAUGACUUUAGAUUUUGAAAGAUCAAGAAAGGGCUAAAUGAGGAAAUAAGUGAGUCAAGAUUCAUCGAAUGCAAGGAAAGGCACAACAAGGAUAUCAUGAGGUUGGAGGAUGAUAAAUGACCAUUAUGGAGUAAGAAAGAAGGCAAGAAAGAAUGGGAAAUGAGGCAUGAAGCAAUAUUUAGUUGCAUGGAAAUUUAGAACUCAAAAAUCUGAUGGCAUUAUAUACUUUGACUUUGAGGACAAAUUUGGAGCACUUUCUGGAGUCCAUUAUAUACAUACUAUAUAUCGUUUCGAAGCUCGGGAAGUCAGGAGUCCAACACUUCAAACGGUUUGCAAAUCGGAGCUGAAAUGAAGAAGUUAUGGCCAUUUGAAGACAACUGCACCAAGUUGGAGGGUCAUUUCGAAAUGAUUUCGAAAUUCAACUUAUGAUUUCGAAAUUCAACUUAUGAAUUCGAAAUCCACUUCGAAAUGACACCAAUUCCGAAUUCACCCACUGCCACUUUGAUGUUCCGCCUCCUCUACCUCGGGAAUUGCAUCUAAAGCACUCCAUCCGCCCUAGGUGGACCCCA